AUGGCAGAAAUCCUCAAGCCCCUGCUGCUCUCCUUUUUGGUGGUACUCGUCUGUCUUUCGAUGUUCCCCCCCGCAUUUGCCAGCCCGGUGCGCGUCGCUCGCACGCGACAGUCGCACGACGAGUACCUCCGUCAGCGACAGCUGAGCGACCGUGAGCGAAAACUGACCGACAUCGUCGAUCGCGGCUCUCGGCCUCCGCUGCACCUGGUCGAAACGAAAGCCAGCUUCGACAAGGAGCACCGCGACGAGGAGCUCCGCGAACAGGGAGGCGCCGCGUCAGACGGGUCGUCCGCCACUCCCAUCCAAUACUGGGGCGGUCCCGUGCUGAGCGACAACACGCUGAAUGUGUACCUAAUCUACUACGGCUUCUGGCCAAAGCAAUCCGCGCAGACUGUGAUUGAGAAUUUCAUUCGGUCGCUGAGUCUAGGAGGCGCCGAUGCGCAGGGGGAAGUCGCGGAUCCGAAAGUGAGCAGCUGGUGGGCGACCAGUUCGAAAUACUACUCGCAGGCAUCUGAUGGGUCCGCGCCCACCGUCAGCACCGAGACUUCGCCCAACGGGAAGCCGUGGCUGGACGCGAUGGUUUCGACGAUCGCUCACGAGAUCGCGGAAGCGGCGACGGAUCCCAAUGCCAGCAGCGGCUGGUUCGACGCCAACGGGGAGGAGAACGCUGAUAAGUGCAGCUACGAGUACGGAGAGACGCAAACAGCUCAGAACGUGUAUGGUGACGAUGCGGAGUACAACCUGGUGGGGCUCAACGGUAUGAAGUUCAUGGUGCAGCAGAACUGGGACGUGGCCACGGACUCCCCAUCCCACCAUCUCUGCUCAGCAUCCCAUCCCACCAUCUCUGCUCAUCAUCCCAUCCCACCAUCUCUGCUCCUCAUCCCAUCCCACCAUCUCUGUUCAUCAUCCCAUCCCACCAUCUCUGCUCCUCAGCCCAUCCCACCAUCUCUGCUCAUCAUCCCAUCCCACCAUCUCUGCUCAUCAUCCCAUCCCACCAUCUCUGGUCCUCAUCCCAUCCCACCAUCUCUGCUCAUCAUCCCAUCCCACCAUCUCUCCUCAUCAUCCCAUCCCACCAUCUCUGCUCCACAUCCCAUCCCACCAUCUCUGCUCAUCAUCCCAUCCCACCAUCUCUCCUUAUCAUCCCAACCAGCCAUCUCUACUCCUCAUCCCAUCCCACCAUCUCUACUCCUCAUCACAUCCCACCAUCCCUGCUCCUCAUCCCAUCUUACCAUCUCUGCUCUCCAUCCCAUCCCGCCACCUCUGCUCAUCAACCAAUCCCAACAUCUCUGCUCCCCAUCCCAUCCCGCCAUCUCUGCUCCUCAACCCAUCCCACCAUCUCUGCUCAUCAUCCCAUCCCGCCAUCUCUGCUCCUCAACCCAUCAUAUCCUACCAUCUCUGCUCCUCAUCCCGUCCCACCAUCUCUGCUCCUCAACCCAACCCACCACCUCUGCUCCUCAUCCCAUCCCACCAUCUCUGGUGCAGCAGAACUGGGACAUGGCCACGGACUCGUGCGUUUCGCAGACGACCGAAUAG